CCCCGCCGAGCCCCGGCCUCGGCCGCGCCACCGGAUCCGGCCCGCCCCCGGGGCCCGCGCCAGAAUGAAGAAGAUGAGCAACAUUUAUGAGUCAGCUGCCAACACACUGGGGAUCUUUAACAGCCCCUGCCUGACCAAAGUUGAGCUGCGUGUGGCAUGCAAAGGCAUUUCUGACAGAGACGCCCUUUCCAAACCAGACCCCUGUGUCAUCCUCAAGAUGCAGUCCCACGGGCAGUGGUUCGAGGUUGACAGAACAGAGGUGAUUCGCACCUGCAUCAACCCCGUGUACUCAAAGCUGUUCACCGUGGACUUUUACUUCGAGGAGGUGCAGCGCCUGCGGUUUGAGGUCCACGACAUCAGCAGCAAUCACAACGGGCUGAAGGAGGCCGACUUCCUGGGCGGCAUGGAGUGUACGCUUGGCCAGAUCGUUUCCCAGAGAAAGCUGUCCAAAUCCUUGCUGAAGCACGGGAACACGGCGGGGAAAUCCUCCAUCACGGUGAUUGCUGAGGAAUUAUCUGGCAACGAUGACUACGUUGAACUUGCCUUCAAUGCGCGGAAACUGGAUGACAAGGAUUUCUUCAGUAAGUCUGACCCAUUUCUGGAAAUUUUUCGAAUGAACGAUGACGCAACUCAGCAGCUUGUGCACCGAACCGAGGUUGUGAUGAAUAACUUGAGCCCAGCCUGGAAAUCAUUCAAAGUGUCAGUAAAUUCUCUAUGCAGUGGAGAUCCGGACCGCCGGCUGAAGUGCAUAGUAUGGGACUGGGACUCCAAUGGAAAACAUGACUUCAUUGGAGAAUUCACCUCAACAUUCAAGGAGAUGAGAGGAGCGAUGGAAGGAAAACAGGUGCAGUGGGAGUGCAUCAACCCCAAGUACAAAGCCAAGAAGAAGAAUUAUAAGAACUCGGGCAUUGUGAUUUUGAAUCAGUGCAAGAUCCAUAAGAUGCACUCUUUCCUGGACUACAUCAUGGGUGGCUGCCAAAUCCAGUUUACAGUAGCUAUAGAUUUCACAGCCUCGAAUGGGGACCCCAGGAACAGCUGUUCCCUGCACUACAUCCACCCCUACCAGCCCAACGAGUACCUGAAGGCGUUGGUGGCUGUGGGGGAGAUUUGCCAAGACUAUGACAGUGACAAAAUGUUCCCAGCCUUUGGGUUCGGUGCCAGGAUACCCCCAGAGUACACGGUCUCUCAUGACUUCGCAAUCAACUUUAAUGAAGACAACCCAGAAUGUGCAGGGAUUCAAGGAGUUGUGGAAGCCUACCAGAGCUGCCUCCCCAAACUCCAGCUCUACGGCCCCACCAACAUCGCUCCCAUCAUCCAGAAGGUCGCCAAGUCAGCAUCAGAGGAGACCAACACCAAGGAGGCGUCGCAAUACUUCAUCCUGCUGAUCCUGACGGAUGGGGUCAUCACAGACAUGGCGGACACGCGGGAGGCCAUCGUGCACGCCUCCCACCUCCCCAUGUCGGUCAUCAUCGUGGGAGUGGGCAACGCAGACUUCAGCGACAUGCAGAUGCUGGACGGUGACGACGGGAUUCUGAGGUCACCCAAGGGAGAGCCCGUCCUGCGCGACAUCGUCCAGUUCGUGCCCUUCAGGAACUUCAAACACGCAUCUCCAGCUGCCCUGGCAAAGAGCGUGUUGGCUGAAGUCCCAAACCAAGUCGUGGACUAUUACAAUGGCAAAGGGAUUAAGCCAAAAUGUUCAUCAGACAUGUAUGACUCUUCCCGGACACUGGCUCCAUGAACUCUACACACUUUUACGGACUUCUCAAAUACUAUUCCUGCUAAUAUUUAAUACUUCUAUUACUCCUGUACUUAAGAAGACACACAGAUACACAUUUAAAAAUAGCACGUUUUGGUGAUUUUUAACUAAUUGACAAUUUUUUUGCAUGUGUAGCCCUGAGGCCUCAAUCUGUUAAGCACUUGUAUUGUUAAAGACUUUUUACGAAGAAACACAGAUCAUUAUAACUUACUCUUUACAUUACAGCAUGUCGCCUUGAAAUAAAAUGUUAUCUGUAUCUGUUUUUUAUACAGGUUUGUUGAAAUUUUGCUAAAUUUCUUAUUAUCUUUACACUGUAAAGCAUUUUGAAACAUUUCUUGAACGUUGGUAGCCAAAACAUGUUUGGUUUUAUCUGCUACAGGAUGAGAGACUUUUUAAAAUGGCAGAUGCAUGGACUGUAUUUUGCAUGUUUAAAAUAAAAAUAA